CACUGGAGGAGUCGCCAUGAAGCUGUCAUCUGUUGUCAAAGCCUUCGGAUCUCUGUGUCUGCUGCUUGCAGAUGGAUUUCCAGUUUCUGAGGAUGAAGCUCCAGAGAUCAUUGGGCCUCAUCAUGUCCGAAUAAAAGCUCAUUCAGGACAGCAGCUGAUUCUUCACUGUGAAACAAUCACACAUUGUGAAGCUGAUCUGACACUCAUCUACUGGCUCGUCAAUGGUUCCUUCCCAGAAGACAUGCCCAGCAGUGGCAGAAUAGUGGAAUCAGAGGAAUCCACUUUGGAGGAGGGUGCAAUCCUACAGAGGAGUUUGCUGUUGAAGACUGUCACGUCAGAGGACUUCAAAUCCACCUUCACCUGCGUUGUGACAAACCCUGCUGGAACAGUCCAGAAGGUCAUGACCUUAGCAGCGACAGGCUGUGACUGUAAUGUAAAGAAACCCAGAAAACACUGAAUAAUACUGCAGUGAGGAGUGGUUGUGUUGCUGAAUGCCUGGACCAGGGGGAUUAUAUUAUUAUAGUCUGAUUUUCAUAUUACGGUAUUAUAGUGAUGUUGUUGCGUCAUAUAUUAUCACCAUAAUAUACAAUAUAUUAACACUAUGUCUUUUUCUUUCUGCCACACACCUUCCUGUCCAAUAUCGUUUAACACUAAUACAUAUCGCUGCAAACAUCCAACCACACACCCUACCUAAUCUAAUCUCUGCUCCUGGGCUCUUAUCCUAUUCACCUUCACCUGUGUUAAAACAAACGCUGCAGGAAAGGCCCAAAAAUUCACAUUACCGGCAACAAGUAGCGACUGUAAUGUGGGUAAAACCAGAAAAUGCUGUUAGUGGAGUAAAAAGUGGAAUUCUCUGAGCCAUGUUUCACUUGAAAACCAGCUCACACUUGAGAUGAGUCAACAUUAGCUGUGAAUUUCCCAUACAUGUGGAGAACUGUGCUCAAAGCUGAAGAAAAUGUACAAAACUUGGGGUGCUCUUGGUUUCACACUGACACGUCACUGUCCUUCGAAGCUUUCCCUCAGUGAGACCAGAAGUAUUAAAAUGUAAAAAGUGACUCCUUCUGAUCCAGAUGCAAUAUUUUACCAGGAAUGCAUGCACCUUACAACUGUAGUACUAACUGUAUAGAACGACUCUACAACACAGAGGCACUACGAAUCUACUGACAGCAGAAUGUUUAGAUGAUAUUGUAAGUUCUUUGCUAAGCUAUGCUCUGUGCUUGUUUCAUUCCAGUGUCUGUGUUUUAUGUAUACUUUUGAGCAACAUGAAAAUAUACUCCAUGAUGAGACAAAGCUGAAUAAAUCAAUUU